UUUCCCUUUGCCAUGCCCCAUCUUCUUUCUCCCUUUCCUUUGACUUUUUCUUUUCUUUUUGAUCUUAUCUCCUUCUCACUUAUUCCCCACGUUACCGACGCACCCCCAUUCCCCUUCUCUCCUUUUUCUUUCGUUCGGUUCCCCUUCAGCUUCUCAUAUUUUCUUUCAAUUUUUCGGUUCUUCAUGUGCCCGAUCGAAGACCGAGCCAUCCCCCUCGAAUCCUCCUCCUUUGCUGUUUGUUUUUGUUGCACCGAAACAGUCCGUUGAAGCUGCAAAACCAGCCCUUCUCUCCGUGCGAAAUCAGCUGCUCAAAUCAGCCCAUCAUCCAAGGAAAACCAGCAGCGUUGUGGGUUUUGCAGGCCAAUUUUCGGGCCCAAUUUGUGCCCCGUUGGUGUCGCUGCUUUGGAGAGGAUCGAGCCUCGUCGCGUCCUCGUCGUUUUGAUUCAAGCUGAUCAUUAAACGGGUCUUUAGAAGAUGUUGGUGGAGGACCGGGAACCCUAGAGUCUGAGAAGAUGGAAGAAAUAGAAUCGGCAAUCUGUCUGGCUAGUUGGCGAUGCAUCUUGGAACGUCGCUAUUAUAUCGACCAGGAGAGGGAUGGGUGCACAUCCAAGGAUCAGGGCGUGACAAUACCUAAACUCCCUACCUCCCCCUUCUCAUCCAGGACAACGCUUUUGAUUAAGCGGGUCCGAUCCAUAUCCAAUCCCUUUGAUCGCAUUGGUUUUACGGACCAGAGUCUAGGCGAGAAUUCUGCAAAUUGUAGUUGCACUCCUGACACAAUUGCAAGAGAUAAAGCCUUUGAUGGAGGAGCUAAAAGUCAAAUACCGGGCCUACGCAAUAAUUCUGCUAAUGCUAGUUGCACUCAUGAUACAAUUGCAAAAGACAAAGCCUUGCGGUUCAUGGCGCAAAGCAAUCUGAUCAAAAGAAGAAGAAGAAGAAGAAGAAGAAGAAGAAGCUAAAAGUCAUAUGUAAGUAAUGUAUAAACAUUAUCCAGCUAACUCAUGUACAGGUCACUGUAAAGACUUAUAGUAUGACAAAAAUAACUAUAAGUUUCCAGCAAUACUUUUAUUCUUUUUGAAUCGGGAUGAAUCAAACUUGCGGACAAGCAUGGUUUUUUAAGCUACAAAGAUAUCACAAUAAACCUGCGCACCGAGCUGAGAAUGGU